CUAAUAAAGGGAAUCUUCCCUUGACAGAGCUGCAUGCCUGCAGUGGGACUGGAAUGUGCCCCAGAUAAAUCCACUGAUAACCUAGGAAGCAGAGAUCACACCCAAAGAGUAUAAAAGACAAGCUUCGGAAGAGAGAGGAUAGGACAAGGAAGAGAGAGACUGAAGAGACAUCUCAGAAGGAACAACUUGAACUUCCCUAUUCCCAACGAACCCAGCGCCAUGGACACUAAAGGCUCAUUUUCUUGUGGCUUCCUCUUGCUACUUCUCAUCCAACUCCAGUCCAGCAGAGCCAACCCUAUCUACAGCCUCAGCCCUGCCAAAGAACUGGCCAGCAUGGAGGCUCUUCUGGAGCGACUGGAGGAUAAAUUUGCAAUGAUUGAAGCCCUGGAGUCCAAUCCUGAUCUGCAAGAGCCCAAAACCCAGGAGGAGAUCCCACCAGAACUCAUAGAUGACAGUGACGAUCAGAAGGCUGAACCCAGGCUCGCGCCCAGCACCCCUCUGUCCUACAGGGACACCUUCCUCAAGAGACUGAGGGGGCUGCAGAUGCCCAGGAUGAUGAGAGAUUCUGGCUGCUUCGGGAGGAGAAUCGAUAGAAUUGGCUCCCUGAGUGGAAUGGGUUGCAAUGGUUCCAGGAAGAAUUAGGACAAGCUCCCUAUACUCUACUCUGAAGAAUGCUUUACAGUACCCGCUCCUCCCAAGAUGAAAGCCGGAUGCUUUCUAAACUCUUCAACAGAAAGUUAUUCCUAUAUUUAUUUAUUUAUUUAUUUAUUUGAUGUUUUUUUAAAGAACAUUUCUUACUCUAGCACCAAGAGACCAUCUUUAAAUAAAACUAACACAGUAGACAUCUAUGCUGGACCUCUCUCCUGUCUGUUGCAUUAAAAUUUCCUGUAUUUUCCUAAAGUCAAAAGUGUAUGUUUUAUUGAUACUCUGGUACCCACAAGGCUGGAUCUUACUUACACAUGACAGAGAA